GUCGAUUCACGGUCUGAGGAGUCAUCGCUUCCCGUCGGAAGACUGUCUGACGUGGCAGCCCUCCCGUUGGGACACGGUCUGGCCUGGAAGCGCUUCCCGUCGAGUCACGGUCUGACGUGGCAGCUCCAUCUGUCGGGUCACAGUCUGACGUGGCAGCCGUCCCCAUAGGGUCACGGCCUGACGUGGCAGCACGGGGAAGAUGAUGCAUCGUGGUGAGCGCCAUGUCAGCCGCGGCGAAGCGGGGGGCCCAGGACACAAGUGACUCAGAGAAUGGACUCGGUCAGCGGGCGCGAUCCGGACACAGUCGAGGUUUCUUGACUGGAACCGUGUCGGGAUCGACUCGUUGUCGUCAACAACAAGGUCGGAAGACACGUGGCUUUCGGGAAAGGAUCAGAUCUGUGUACAAGACACGGUUGUGGUGGGCUGCUGAAUCGGGGCAGAGAGCCACAAAGCAUCAAGACUUGGAGAUGGUUGUUUCAGGUGGACCUGCUAGCAAUGCCGAUGAAGAGACAGCAUCGCUUGUCUAUCGGCAGACAAACACUCCCAAUGGAUUGACGUCUAAAGGCCCUGAAGGGCCUAAACUGAAUUCUACAUCUCUGGGACUAAUCAUGUCAGUCGCUACAGCUGGAAUGAAAUGGGCAACUUGGGCAAACAUGAUUGGGAUUGUGCUGACUGUGGUAGGAUAUGCCAUCUUCACCACCUCCGUUCUGCUGACUGAAGAGGGCAAGCCCACGUCGAAGGCCAGCCAGUAUGUAAGAUAUCAUGAGUACUUCUUGACUGUUCAAAGCAACGACUCUGCAGCAGAGCAUCUGAAGGCACUUACUAAUAAGCCCCAUGUGGCAGGCAGGGAACAGAAUUUGAAAUUAGCUCAUCUUGUGGAAAAGACUAUGAAGAGCUAUGGCCUUCAGACACACAUUUCAGAGUAUGAAGUAUUGUUAAGUUAUCCCAUUUCCAGGAAGCUCUUGGUGGAGUCACCCAACAAAGAGCCGUACAACCCUCUGCUCAAGGAAAAGGAACUAGAUGAUUUCUCCGGAAGCCCAGAUAUCAUCCCUUAUUACCUUGCCUACUCUCCUAGUGGCAACAAGGUCAAAGGAGAGGUGGUUAAUGUGAACUAUGGGCGCACUGAAGAUUUCAAGAAACUUGAGGAGCUGGGUGUGAAUUGCAGAGGUGCAUUUGGCAUUGCACGGUAUGGGAAGAUCUUCCGUGGCAACAAGGUCUCAAAUGCAGCAAAGGCAGGGAUGAUCGCCCUCUUGAUUUAUAGUGAUAUUGUGGAUUAUGCUAACAACCAGUCAGAUGUUACUUAUCCAGAUAACCAAUGGCUACCAUCCACAGGUUACCACCAGAUUGAAAUCCAGCCUCAAGAUCGGUACAAGACCGCAUUCAAGACGCGAUACGGGCAUUUUGAGUGGGUUGUCAUGCCCUUUGGCCUCACCAAUGCCCCUGCAACUUUUCAAGCAGCUAUGACGACUGAGUUUUGCGACUUGCUCGAUCGCAGUGUCCUCAUCUACCUCGAUGACAUCUUGGUCUAUAGCAGGACGUUGGACGAGCACAUCACACACCUUCGCGCUGUUUUGAAUCGUUUGCGACUGGCCAAGUACAAAGCGAACCGCGACAAGUGCGAGUUCGCCAAGCAAGAGCUUGAGUAUUUGGGCCACUAUGUUACGCCGAAAGGCAUUCGUCCCUUAGCGGACAAGAUCCAAGCCAUCGUGGAUUGGCCGGAACCCCGUUGUACGACGGAUGUACGAUCUUUCAUGGGUUUGGCUGGAUACUAUCAGCGAUUCGUCGAGUCAUACUCGAAAGUGGCCGCUCCUUUGUCGASACUUCAGUCCCCGAAGGUGCCCUUCGAGUUCGACGACGCAGCCCGUGGCGCGUUCACUACGUUGAAGGCAGCRAUGCAAGCCGCACCUGCCCUCCGCAUAUACGACCCCACCCUACCCACCGAAGUGACUACGGACGCUUCGGGAUACGGUAUUGGUGCGGUGUUGGAACAGUGUCACGAGGACGGUUGGCAUCCGGUUGAGUAUUUCUCCCAAAAGGUGCCUCUCGUCAACACUCUCGACGACGCUAGGAAGAAAGAGCCACUCGCGUUCGUCACCGUUCUCAAACGGUGGCGCCACUUUCUUCUCGGACGUYGGCAUUUUGAAUGGAAUACGGACAACAAUCCGUUGACCUUUUACAAAACGCAGGACACAGUCACUAGCACGAUCGGUCGAUGGAUGUAUUACAUCGACCAGUUCGAUUUUGACCCGUGCCACAUUCCCGGUCCCGCCAAUCGAGCUGGGGAUGCCCUCUCACGACGACCCGACGUUUGUGCCAUUGUGACCACGGCAUUCGACAUCGAUGACGAUCUGCAGCCGCAUUUCGUCAAAGGCUACAAGUCCGAUCCGACUUACUCCACGCUAUAUGCAAAGCUCUUAUCGGAUCACCUGCCGGCUAGCCACUAUCGGAUUGCCGACGGGUUCCUUCUCCUUCACACGAGAGGAAAGGACUUGUUAGUCGUGCCCCAAGAUCGCAUCUUACGGACUCGUCUUCUCGACGAAUUCCACGACGCACGACUUUCGGCACACCUUGGCGUGAACCGCACAUUAGCACGCCUCUGCCAGCGUUUUCACUGGCCCGACGUCCUUCAUGACGUCACGAGGUACAUUGAGUCAUGUGCAGUUUGCCACCGUAACAAGGGUCGAUUUCGAGUCCCCUUCGGCGAACUGAAACCGUUGCCGAUUCCUCGGGCACCGCGCCUCUCCAUUGCUAUGGACGUGACAGGCCCGUUCCCCCGCGAUCGCCACGCCCAUGACGGURUUCUCACGGUCGUUGACCGUUUGAGCAAGUAUGCUCGCUUCCUUCCUUGCAAGUAUCAUGCUGCAGCGCCCGAGCUCGCACGACUCUUGCACACCGGUUGGAUUACCAACCAGGGUGUUCCGGAAGACGUAGUGAGCGACCGAGAUACUCGCUUCAUGUCAACCUUUUGGACCUUCCUCAUGGCUGAGUCCAGUACGACAAUGAAGCCGAGCUCGGCUCUGCACCCGCAGACGGAUGGCCAGACGGAGCGAGCGCACCAGACCGCUCAGAUGAUGUUGCGUACGCUCAUCCGUCCCGACCAGAAAGAUUGGGUUGACCGGCUUCCCGACAUCGAGUUCGCCUAUAACACUUCGGUGCACCCGGCAAUCUGUGUCACACUAUUCGAGCUACAUCAUGGUGGAGAGAAAGCACGGAUCUUCGCUGAUCUCCUUUUGCCACAGGCUGCCGACAUAGACGUCCCUUGCUCUCCCCCUUCCGUUCGGAAGUACCGGGACUUGCUGAUCAAAGCCCGCGCAAAUAUGCAAAAGGCUCAGAUCCGCAUGCAGCAGCAGGCUAACCGACGUCGACUUCCAUGUCCUCUCCGCGAGGGAGACCUUGUUUGGGUCCUCUCCGAGGAAUUUGCGCUCGAGCAGGACGUUUCGCGCAAACUCCUUCCGAAAUGGUUCGGACCAUGGGAAGUCACUUCUGCCGUUGGAGACGACCCCGCAGGUCCUUCCUUCGUGAUCAACAUUCCACCGCACCUUACAGUGCAUCGGGUCUUCCACACAUCGAAGCUGGCCAUCUACACGCCACCUUCAGUUGAUGAGUUUCUCGGACGUCGAUCACAGGAUCCGCCUUCCAUGGACGGAAAUCAGGAAGUGGACCGAGUCAUCACGCACCUCGAGUAUGGGAACGAGCCAAUGCAGUACAAAGUCACAAUUAAGCAAUGUGCACCUGACGACACUCGGUGGAUCUCUAGUGCAGACUUGCAGACUUCUGCACCCCUUAUCUUCGCCAACUAUGAGAAGACACGACUUGCCAAGGCAGCAGCUCGUCCCACCCGACCCAUCCCGGUAUCGGACAGACAACUCCGCCCUCGCAAUCAAAGGGGAUCAAUCUUCCUUGGUCAGGGUGAUCCUCAGACACCAGGUUGGGCAUCAACACAAGGAGCGGAGAGGCUAGAUAAGGAGAGUGUCAUAAAAUCACUGCCAUCAAUCCCGGCACUGCCAACCUCAUGGGUCACAGGAAAUCUUAUCCUUCAGCGUCUUACCGGUGAGCAGCCACCUGGCUGGACUCACAAGACUGGGAGAGGACCAGCUGAAGCGACCUUGGACCUUGAGAUGAAUUUGACAGCGGCAAAGAUAUACAAUGUCUUUGGAGUGAUUGAGGGUUCAGAGGAACCGGACAGAUACGUGCUUAUUGGUAACCACCGAGAUGCCUGGACUUUCGGAGCAGCUGAUCCAAAUAGCGGCACUGCGGCAAUGCUGGAGGUUGCCAGAAGCUUGAACAAAUUAAUGAUGAAGGGAUGGAAACCACGGCGGUCAAUCAUGUUCUGCAGCUGGGAUGCUGAAGAAUUUGGACUUAUUGGAUCAACAGAAUGGGUAGAAGAGAACCUAAACAUUAUCAGUGCUAGGGCAGUGGCAUACCUGAAUGUGGAUGUUGGAGUUUGUGGGCCCGAGUUCUUUGCAUCUGCGACUCCAACGCUUGACAACCUAUUUCAGUUUGCAACUGCUAAGGUGAAGGACCCGAAUGACCUGAGGCAAUCUGUCAAAGAGGCGUGGACAAGGGGCACACAAAGCAGCUCUGAAGUAAAAGUUGGACGACUGGGAGGUGGAGGCAGUGACUUCCAUGGCUUUGUCCAGACUGCGGGCGUGUCAUCAACAGAUCUUGGCUUCAGUGGAGGUCCGCUCCGGCCCGCUUGCGAUCUCUGCUCCCACUUCCGGCCUUCGAAGGGUAAAAACAGGGAUUUGGUUAGAAGGUGUGCGCAAGAGGGGGUUAGAGGCAUCUCGGACCUAGAGGUCGCUAACCUUGCAUUGGCCGCCAGUGAGGAGAAAAAACUAAGGGAUUCUUGGUGGACGGUAACCAGUGAGGAGUCGGAGGGGGAAGGUGCGGACGAGGAUUCUGGUGAGGGGAAGGAGGGAACAGAGGAGGAGAAGAGCUUGGGAAGUAACAGAGACAAUGGUGAGGAGGACGAGCCGGAGGGCUUGCGCCGGAUUACAAGGGGGGAGCGGGAAAGCUUGGUAGCCUUCACUGGAAGGUUCAAACGCUUAUCCCAAACCCUAGUGGAUAGGAGCAUGCUGUCUGAAGUAGAUAGGUGUGUGAUGUUCAUGCUGCACCUGCCCGAGGAAAAGAGGAAGGAGGUCCUUGAGAAGGCCCCGAGGGAUCCUGCAAAUUUCGAGAAAGUAGUCGAAGUGUUUUUCACAGGGGGAGGGGUAGACGUAAGAGAAUACAUGAAAGAGACCUUGGACAUGGCUCUCCGCAACAUGCGAGGGACACAGAACGAUGGUCCAAGGGGGAGCGAUAGACCACCACCGGCUCCACCUGGUCCCUGGUGGAAAGACCGGCUUGCCGGAUGGAGGAACGAAUCAAGUGGCCAGGGAGGUUGGAGGAAUGACAGGGAGAUAGGGGGGAAUCGUGGUUCCGAUUGGGGAAACUCCCAUUGGAAGGAUGUUAGGGAUGGAAGGUGGGGAUACGCCCCUCAAGCUAGGGCCCAAGGGCCGCGACCGGAGGUUAGAGCGCCACCACCUUCGGCACCACCACCACCGGCUCCACCUGCGCCUAUAGCGGCAACAGCACAAGGGGGUCCGCGCCCCAACAAUCCCCAAGCUCGGGCCGGGUGUGUCUACUGCAACGAGGAAAACCACAUCAAAAGGGACUGCCCUUAUCUCACGGAGGCGUUGAGAUUGGGAGUGGUCAAGUUGAAUGAAAACAAGUGGGUUGUGUGGGGAGAUAGCGGAGAGGCGGUCUCCUUCUAUCCAUCGAUGAAGGUGAACGUGGAUAAGAGGGUGGCCCUUCAAGAGGCUAGGUUGGGAAAGAAGUCGAAGGUCGGGGGCUCCUGCAGCGCGACUCACAUCCAAAUGGUGGAGUCACCGGGAGGGUUGUCCAUUAGGGAACCCCAAGUAUCCAGCAUCAAGUUCAUAGAUACCCAAGCCGAGGAGGAGAGGCCCUGCCUAAGGGUGAGGACACAGGUCGGGGCCGAGACAUCUGAGAACCAAGCAAGUGUGACGGGAAGUACGGAGGUGAAAAGCGGCAACAAUGACCAGCCAAUGACCGAUGCGAAAGCAGUGGAGGAAAAGAAAGAAGAGUCCACUUCGCCAAAAUCGCUCAAGAAAACGGGCCCCAAAAAGUUCGAAAUGAAGUGCACCCUGGAUGAGAUAGACACGGUAGCACCCCUUAGGCGAACGUUGAUGCAGCCCAUGCAGUGCACCCUUUUAGAGUACUUGGCCGCAAGCAAAAGUGCCAGAGAGGAGCUCCUAAGUAUCACAAGGAAGGUGAGAGUCCCGCUAGCGGUAGCGCCAACGGUGCCAGUGGAAGGUCCCGCCAAGGAAGAAGUGCAGGCCACCCGCAUUACCAUGGAGGAGCUGUCGGCCAAUUUCUUCUCGGGGGAAGAGGCCAAGAAGUUCUACGUGCUAGGGAGUGGUCAGCUCCAGGCGGUGGUAAGUGGGAAAAAGAUGAGGGCCUUAGUGGACAAUGGGUCCGAGUCUGCAGUAUGUAGGGACUCCAUCGCGCGAGAACUAGGCCUGGAGAUAGACCGAGGGGUGUGUAUGUCGAUGGUGGUGGCAGAUAACAAGCUGCAACCGGCGGAAGGGGUGUGUCAUAGCCCCGUGAUUGAGGUAGCUGGUGUGGAGGCCACGGUACCGAUCUUUUCGGUAAAAGAAUGUUCGUCCGAAUUAAUCCUCGGGAGGACUUGGCUAAGCGUUGUACAUGCAACCACAGUUGAUUUGCCGGAUGGAAGUCAAACUCUCUCGAUCCAAAGUCCUGAUGGAAUCAGAGUGGUCCUAAAGACCGUGGACGCGCAAGAUGAACGUAACCGGACCAGCCUUACUAGGCGCAAGGGGGCCAAGUCGAGGGUGUGUCGAGUCCGUCUAGAGGAAGUGCCCUUGACGGGUAGAGGACCCAAGGGGGACCAAUUGGAGAUCGAAGACGUGGGGGACAGGAUAGUAAUUAACGGCAUGGGGUACGAGAAGGAGGACGAGGGAGAGGAGUUCGGUGGCCGGGAUAGAACGGGGGAAGCUACGAUAUCGGAAGAGGAGAUAGUCGAUAUCAUCAGAAAGAGGAAAGAGACGGAGGGGCAAAGGAUAACGACCGAUAGACUGGCCAAAAUGGAUAUAGGAGAUGGGAAUCUCACGGAGAAAGAAAAAGAGUUCAUAGCAAUGACCUUAAGGGGCUGCGAUAAGGCCAUUGCCUUUGAUGACUCAGAGAGAGGGAGAAUCGACCCAAGGUAUGCGGAGCCUGCCCGGAUCCACACGGUCCCCCAUGUCCCAUGGAAAGAUAGGCCUCAAUGGAAGUAUGCUCAAAAGGAGAAAGAAGAGAUAGUGACCUUCAUCAAGGAAAAGAUCAGGACAUUCGUCGCGGAACCUUGCGAGAGUGCCUACUCCAAUAAGUGGUUCUUUCUGAGGAAGGGAGGUAGCAACAAGCUAAGAUGGAUCCAGAACCUCCAAAGGACCAAUGCAGUCACCAUAAGAGACGUGGGGUCUAUACCUGAGGCCGACUUGCUAGCGGAAGGGUCAGCGGGUCGCUCGAUAUACUCUAUUUGCGAUCUCUUCUCAGGGUACGACGAGAUUCCCYUAGAUUACAGGGACAGGCACAUGACCGCCAUGCAUACACCCUUAGGGCUGGUUCAAAUGAUGGUGGUACCGAUGGGUUGGACGAAUGGGGUAGCCGUGUUCCAAAGGGCCAUGAUCGUGGUCCUCAAGGAAUUCAUACCGGAGAAGGUAGAGGUCUUCCUGGAUGAUUUUUCGAUAAAAGGGCCGGUCGAGCGGGAUGAGACAGAGGUUUUCCCGGGGGUUAGAAAGUUUGUGGCCGACCAUAUGAAAGAUGUCAGAGACGUCCUUGAGAAACUAGACGACGCGAACCUCACGGUAAGCGGGACUAAGAGUCGCUGGGGCGUAUCCUCCAUCAAGAUAUUAGGGUUCAUUUGCGAUAAAGAGGGGCGGAGGCCCGAUCCCGAGAAACUAGUAAAGUUGAUGACUUGGCCAUCGCCACUCAAAUCCAUAACGGAGGUCCGACAGUUUCUAAGGGUUGUGGGCUACUGGCGAAUCUUCAUAAAGGCCUAUGGAGAAAAGGCGGAACCCCUUAGAAGACUCCUCAGGAAAUCGGAAGGAUGGGUUUGGGGAGAAGAACAAACUGUGGCCAUGGAAACCUUGAAAGGGGAAUUCCGCGAAGGUGGAGAAGUCCUAGGAGUCCCGUUUUUUGAAGACGAAGAGAGUCGUCCGUUUAUAGUAUCCACGGACACUGGACCUCACUCGGUGGGGGGUCUCCUGUCACAAAAGGAUGGGGAAGGGAGAGAGAGACCUUUGCGAUUCGAGAGUCGUACCUUGAACCCAACAGAGAGAAAUUAUAGCCAAUUCAAGAAGGAAGUGUUGGGGGUACUGCAUUGCCUAAAAGCCUUUCGUCACUACCUGUACGGACGACGAUUUCUCCUAAGGGUGGACCCGACGGCAGUGGCCGCGGUCCUCCAAAAGGAUUUCUCAUUGACGGAUCCGACCAUCGCACACUGGAUGAUCCAUAUCAGGCUUUAUGACUAUAGGGUCGAAAGGAUAUCGGGGACCAAAAACCAGGUCGCCGAUGGAUUGUCCCGGCUUCCUAUUCGAGAGGAGGACCUGCCUAAGCUUAAGAAGGAAGAAGAGGCAAUGGCCGAAGAGGCAAUAAUGAAAGUCGCCGCAAAUAGAGCGCAAAUAGUUGGGGGCAGCCGAGGGGAAGAAGGGGGCCCAAGGACCUUUCUCGCGAAUCUCUACGACGGAAAGUACCGAGACAUUGGACUGUACUUGGUCGGUAGGGAAACAGGGACUGAAAAGAUCCCGCAAGAGGCGCUGGGAUAUUGCCUGCGGGGGGGCCACCUCUUCAAAAGACCCACCAAAUUCGCAAUACCCAUGAGGGUGCUGUGCGAUUCGGAGGAGAGAAGGGUGGUCAUAGAAGAGUUACACGAUGGGGUCGUUGGAGGUCACAGAGGGGUUAAAGGCACUUUCGAUAAGGUCCGCAGGCUUUAUUGGUGGGACGGGCAAUACGCCGAAGUGGAGAAGUACUGUUCUACCUGUGAAGCUUGCCAGAAAAGGGCGACGGUUCGAUACAAAGAACCCUUAGUUCCGUCGCUUCCCACGGUCCCAGGCGAGAAGGUCCAUAUCGACUUGGUGACCAUGCCGAAAGGGGUCGGCGGGCUUCGGUACAUUAUCAACGCCCGGGAUGACCUCACCGGCUUCGUAGAAGCAAAGGCCAUUAAGAAUAAGACUGCGGAGGAGGUGAGCGAUUUUCUCCUAGAGUAUAUCACGUGAUAUGGGUGUGUCGGGAGAAUAGUCAUGGAUAGGGGAGCUGAGUUCUUGAGCCAAAAGGUAAAGGGAUUGUUAGAAAAAGCAGGGAUCG